GCCUAAUGCUGACUAGCCAUUCAGCUAGAAUCCUAAUUAGCUAGCUUCCCUGCUAACGGGAUUUGUGGACAGAUGUGCAUAUGCGAAUUAUUAGAAGUACUGAUUAGAUUGAUAAUCCGAUACUACUUGUUUGCAGGCUUGUGUUUAUUUCUUGCUGUCUGUUUGAAAUUUGCAUGUCGGUUUUGCUCGCUAGCUUCGGUCAAUGUGACAUUGCUAGACUCGAAGCUUGAUCUGUUACAGUCAUACGGGGUCACAUCAUCUCUGAAUGAUAACGUGGUAUCACAAGAAAUAUAUAGAAUUGUUGUUAAUGUUCGUAUUUAGUGAGAAUAGCUACAAUAUUAAUGUGAAAUUGUGCAGAAUCUAUGCUUUCGUUUGGAUUAUGAAAGUUCCUGUACUUUGGACAGCAGUGGACUGCACUGUGUAGCAGCUGUAUUAAAGAUUAACCAAUCAAAAAGAAGCUAAAAUGAUCUUGGAUCCCUUAUUUGCUCGAAUAGUGUUUUAUUUGCUCGAGGUGUCCCAGUGGCCAGGUCAGCAUGGCUGAAGCUCACCAGGCUGUGGCCUUCCAGUUUACUGUCUCUCCUGAUGGAAUCGACUUGCAGCUGAGCCAUGAAGCCCUGCGUCAAGUCUACCUGUCAGGCCUCCACUCAUGGAAGAAAAAGUUCAUCCGCUUCAAGAAUGGCAUUAUGACUGGGGUGUACCCGGGCAGUGUCCCAGGGCUGACGCUGGUACUUGCAGGGUACAUGGGAAGGGCAAAAUAUGCUCAAGUGGAUCCGUCCUUAGGUCUCUUAGUUAAAAUUGGCAAAUAUGUCCCAGUAAGUAAAUACAUGUCCCUGGACAACCAGAGCAGAGUUGGGGGUGUUUUGGUGGGCACAGGGCUCUGGGUGGUCAUCAUUUUUACCAUGAGAAGCAUGUUGAAGUGCCUGCUCUCCUGGCAUGGCUGGAUGGGUGAACGUCAUGGCUCAUUAACAUGGAAAACACGACUCUGGCUGGUUCUCGUGAAGAUUUUCUCUGGGAUGCAAACACCAAAUCUGUAUAGCUUCCAGACAUCACUGCCUAAUCUACCCCUGCCCUCUGUCAAAGACACAAUGAAACGAUAUCUGGAGUCUGUGCGCCCUCUACUGGAUGAUGAAGAGUACAAAAAGAUGGAGGUACUCGCUUCAGACUUUCAGAAGACCCUGGCUCCAAAACUUCAGUGGUACUUGAAGUUGAAAUCAUUGUGGGCCACCAAUUAUGUCAGCGAUUGGUGGGAGGAGUACAUCUAUCUUAGAAGCCGUAACCCGAUUAUGGUCAACAGCAACUAUUAUGCAAUGGAUUUCCUCCAUGUUUUACCCACAAAUCUUCAGUCAGCCAGGGCUGGCAACACCAUCCAUGCCAUCAUGCUCUAUCGGAGGAAGCUGGACCGAGCUCAGAUUAAACCGCUCUUUGCACUAGCAAACAGGGUACCGUUCUGCUCGGCCCAGUGGGAACGGUUGUACAAUACCAGCCGUAUCCCAGGCCAGGAGAGGGACACCAUCCAGCAUGUGUCAGACAGCAGGCAUAUUGUGGUAUACCACAAAGGGCGCUAUUUUAAGGUGAGCAUGUUUUACGAUGGACGCCUUCUCCUGCCACGAGAGAUAGAGCAACAGAUCGAGAGGAUUCUUGCCGACACCUCAGAGCCCCAGCCUGGAGAAGAGAAACUGGCUGCACUAACUGCAGGAGACAGGGUACCUUGGGCAUGUGCCCGUGAUGCCUACCUUAGACAGGGGAAGAACAGACAAAGUCUUGAUGCCGUGGAGAAGGCAGCAUUCUUUGUCACGCUGGAUGACACCGAGCAGCGCCACAAUCCAGACAGCCCUGCUGAAUCAUUACACAGUUUUGGUAAAUCCCUGCUACAUGGCAAGUGCUAUGACAGGUGGUUUGAUAAGUCUUUUAACUUGAUCAUUUACAAGAAUGGUACAAUUGGCCUGAAUGCAGAGCACAGCUGGGCUGAUGCUCCAAUCAUAGGCCACCUUUGGGAGCAUGUGCUGUCAACUGAUGCUAUCAAGCUGGGUUACUCAGAUGAUGGCCAUUGUAAUGGACAGCCUCACCAAAACCUCCCUGGGCCUCAAAGGCUACAGUGGAACAUCCCACCUGAGUGCCAAACCAUGAUCGCCAACUCCCUGUCCGUGGCUCAGGCUUUGGCUGAUGAUGUGGACAUGGUCAUUAUCCCUUUCCAAGAGUUUGGUAAAGGACUGAUCAAGAAGUGCAAGAUUAGCCCAGACGCCUUCAUCCAGAUUGCCUUGCAGCUCGCCCACUUUAGGGACAAAGGAAAGUUCUGCUUGACUUACGAGGCAUCCAUGACCCGUCUUUUCAGAGAGGGGAGGACCGAGACGGUGCGAUCAUGCACCAUUGAGACCUCUGCUUUCGUCAAGGCCAUGCUCAACAAUGAGACGCGAGAGAACAAACUGAGUCUGCUAAAACAGGCAGCAUUGAAGCACCAGCAGAUGUACCGAAUGGCUAUGACCGGGAAAGGCAUCGACCGUCAUCUCUUCUGCCUCUAUGUAAUCUCGCAGUACUUGCAACAGGACUCUCCGUUCCUCAAAAAGGUACUGUCUGAGCCGUGGCGGUUGUCUACCAGUCAGACGCCACUGCAGCAGCCGGAGCUUUUUGACCUGCUGAACCAUCCUGAGUAUGUUUCCAGUGGUGGUGGUUUUGGCCCGGUGGCUGAUGACGGGUAUGGAGUAGCUUAUAUUAUAGUGGGAGAGAACCUCAUUAACUUCCAUAUCUCUUGCAAGUGUUCCAGCCCAGAAACUGACGCUGAGCGCUUUGGCAACAACAUCAAACAGGCAAUGCUUGACAUGCUGGAGUUGUUCCAGCUGGAACCAAGGGCCCUCAAGUGACAAGGGGAUCAUUUACCUAAAUAAUUGUGUGUUCCUUCUGUGUUAUUCUUCGAAUGGGUUUGACAUAUGAUUUGAACGUCUAAGUGGAAGGAUCUAAAUUCAGAUUGAUGUGAAUACGAUAUGCUUCAAUAAGAGAAUAAGUGUACUGACUGACUGAAUGACUGUGUGUGUGUGUGUUCAUUCAAUAGCAUUAAGAUUCGGCCGUGCCAUAGUAAGCGUCGUAUCUGAACAGUUGAAGUUUCUGGGACAAACAGUAGCCACUUGAAAUAAAACAAAUCAUUUAGGAGAGUCAUUUAGGGCAUUCACAUUGAGCUUUGAAAGAUACUGAGCUCUUAAACCACACCGUCUAACAGUCUGCUGACAUUUCAGCUUACAUUUCAGUGGACAAAAUAACCGCCUAAGCAUAGGUCAGUGAGGAAGCAGUUCUUUUUACCUUGGCUAACCCCUAAGUGUGGUUAAUGGCGUCAUUGUGGUAAAGCUUACUCAAAGUGAUUCUAGUGGCUCUCCUGCAUAACAGUUUUCCUGCACACAUCUUUCAUUACCGAAUCAUGCUGAAGUAUGUAUUACUAUAAUAUAUUAAGUAUUAUAUGGUUAUACAAGCAUUUUCUAUUUAACCUUAAUAGGAGUGAAAGAGGUUAAAAAGAAUUUUCGGUUUAUUGUUUACAAGAAAAAAAAUAUUGUUUCAGUUUCAUGACCAGCCUCAAAAUGAAGUAGCGAUAUAACAUGAUGUUAGUGUGCAUUUGUUUUUAUGUUAACAUUGUUGGUUUAUUGAUUUGUUUUGUUAAAAUAAUGUUUUUUAAUUAUAUUAUGAUUACUUCAUCAGUUUGUUUGGUUAAAGUAGUUUUAGCUUUGGAAAAAAAAAAUCUAAAGUUCUUUAUUUAUUUUCAGUUUUAUUCUUUUUUUGUUUGUUUUUAUGAAUAUAUAAUUUUAGCUUAGUGCUUGAAAUUAACAAAAGUCAUACUGAGAAUGUUCAUAAUGCUAAUCUACAAAAGCAAAUAAAAACUGAAUGUCACUUAUUAUUAAAA